AUGUCGGUCCUCUCGACGAAGCUCAUCACGCAAACGUUUCGGCUGCAUGGCCUUUCGAUCACGCCCGAUGCCAUGCAGCACCUGGUCGAUCAGGCACCCUCGUAUAAGCUGCUGCCCGCCCAAUUCCUAUCCCAACUCCUUUCCAAAAUCGACAAAACUUCACUGAAGCAAAGCUUGAUCGACAAGAGGGAGCUGCAGAAGCUCUUGCGCGCCUUCAAGUCCACCGCGGCAGCCGCGCCUACCAAGAAGGCGUCCCCGUUCGCACUGGAAGACAUCCUCGGCUCGCAGUACCCGGAGUUCGUCGCCGAUGGCAGCCAGGGCGCCACCACCGCCACUAGCCGGCCCGCGCCGGCCGCGGCGCGACCCACCCAGCUGGUCGAGGAGUCCUUCAAGGUCGUCUCCGCGCUCGCCAUGCCCCGGCUGCGCUACAACACCAAGCGACACAAGGUGGAGCGCCUCAGCGACGAACGGGGCUCGCUGCUGGGCUCGGCACAGUCCAAGAUCGACAUGUACAAGACGUGGUGGUACAACGCGCACCUGCGCGAGGGCAACGGUCUGGUGGGCGCCGGCGCGAUCACCACCAUCGAGUCGCUGGCCGGCCGCUAUUCGGGCCGAUGGCGCCUCAUGGGCAUUCUCUCCGAGGCCGAGUACGGCCUCCACUACAUCGAGGACCCCACCGGUCGUCUUCUCGUCGACCUCUCCCACGCGAAAGCGAAGCGACCCCGACUGUUCACCGAAGGCGGGUUGGUGUUGGUGGAGGGCAAGAUGAAGGACGAGAAGCUCAUGGUCGAGCUGAUCGACGUGCCCGGCGCGGCCGAGAAGGAAGGCGGACCCUACAUCCCCUCUCCGCAGGUCUGCGAUUCCAUGAGCUACGAAGAGACCAUCAUUAGGGCGAUGGGCGAUGGCGGAGACAAGGGCAUGGUGGUGGUGUUCUCUGACAUCCGAGUAGACAACGCCAUCGCCAUGACGAGGCUGGAGUCUGUGCUCCGGUCGUUUGCGGAGGUCGUUGAGACGCACAAGCCCAAGGAAAAGCUGUUGUUUGUUCUCAUCGGCGACUUCUUUGCGCGCAACAAGAACGUCCACGUCUUCCCGCGCGUCAUCCGAACACCGCCCAAGCCGCGUACGGUGUACCCGUUCGAUCCGCUGGCGGAGGUGCUCUCGCGCUUCCCGGGGCUCAUGCCACACGCCCGCUUCGUGUUGGUCCCGGGUCCCUCCGACCCGGCCUCGCUCACGGCUUCAUUUGCGCUGCCUCGCGACCCCUUGCCGAGCAUCAUGCUGCCGCCCUCCCUGAACGGUGGAGGCGCCAAGCGGCGGAGCUCUCAACAAGACGACGAACAAGAUGAUGAUGACGGUGUGGAUAGCGAUGGCGGUAGCGACGACGAUGAAGAUGAUGACGGAGGUGACGAAGACGGUGGAAAGCGAAAGCGAUCGUCGAUUAUGAAGAAGAAGAGCGAAGGGGUGGUGGCCGACGUCAUCCGGGGCAGCAACCCCUGCCGGGUCAAGUACGUGGGCCAAGAGCUGCUCUUCUACCGAGGGGACAUGCAGGACAAGUUCCUCCGCUACGCCCUCGCCGUGCCGCCCGCUGAUGGCGACGACCUCGACGCGGGGACCGUCGAUGACGUGCCACGCUUCGAGCAGGCGGCGCGCACCAUCGCCGACGCGGGCCACCUGUCUCCGUUCCCGCAGGCGGCGCAGCCCGUCUACUGGGAUCACGUGCAGGCCCUCUACAUGGACCCCUUGCCCGACCUUCUCGUACUCGCUGACAAUGCGCCGCCGUUUGCGCUGACGCAUGCGUCGUCGCUGAUCGUGAACCCGGGUUCCUUUUCUACGAGCCCGUUCGUUGCGCUCUACACGCCCUCCACCCGCGCCUGUCGCCUCCUCGUCUCUUCCUGA